UUGUAUGAAUUAUGAAUAUAUUUAUCAGACAAUAAGGACAACAUUUAUGGCAGUAUUGACGAAACUGUUUGUUGCAUCAUUUUUGCGGAGUUAUUUGCUGUUUAGGUUUUCAUUGCUGCUCAUGUAGAAAUUGUUGGAGCUAAGAGGGAUCCCACAUAUAUGACCCCUGUGUGUAGAAUUGUGCUCAGACUUAAGUGUUUCCUCCAUAUAAGGGUGUACUUAUGAGUGGCGACAGGUGGUUUGUGUGAGAGAUCGAGGACCAACCCUGGUGGCUUGUGGACCGUGUUCCCGUAUCCCCACAUGAUAUUGAAGUGCAUCAUGACUGUGCUCAACCAUUAGAAUGGAUUUACAGCCCCGUAUUCUGAUGAUAAAACAUUUCAGCUAAUGCAUAGAUAGGUUUUUGAAACCAGACAAACAUUGAUGUAAAAUGAGACAUGUCAUAAUGCAAAAACAAACACAAUGCACAUAGGAAUUUGGGCUUGAGUUCUGAGGUGCUGGCCCACAGUUGGUUCUAUUACUCCAAGUUUGGACAUUAAACCUCACACACCUGUCAGGAAUUAUGGAUCCAGAGUUGGAACAGAUGUUGAACAACAUCACCAAUGACCUUGACCUUCUGCUGUCAGAGUUUUGUGAUCCUCUGGACCCCGGAGAGCCCCCGCCUAUCAAGAAUAAGCCCAUGCGCACAAAAAGUAAGAAGCCAGUUGGUUGUGAGAGCGGGUCAGCGUUUGGAGGCAGUAGCACAAGCGGCACGUUGACGUCAACAGACAGUAACGUGAGCAAUCGGGAAGGUGGCGGCGGCACUCUUACCUCCACCGACAGCGGAGCUAGUCUACGACAACAACAACAACAUUUUGAUUUGUUUCCACUCCCUCAGUCCAGGGUCGUGGAGGGGGGUGCGAGUGAUCGACAACAGAGCCCAAGUCAGUCGACAUCUGGCUCUGACCUGCGCCAGAUUUCCGUGCUAGAGCGUCUCUCCAAGACACACUCAAUAUGGUUACUUCCCCAAGUUGGCCGCUCCGGGGCAGUCCACCUUCUCAAGAACAGGGAUGUUGGGAUUUUCAUUGUUCGUCGGUCGAGCCAGGAGGAGGUGAUGGCAUUAUCGGUGCAGUUCCCGGACCAUUCCGGUUCCCCAAACAUAGACCAUUAUCUAAUUGUGCCCACACCUGGAGGGUACCAUCUGCGGGGCUCCACCCGACUCUUUCCUGCCAUACCAAACCUGCUUGCAUACUUCUGCGAACAAAAAGAGGACUUGCCCCAUCGGUUGGUGUUGCCCCCAUCAAUCAUGCAGUCCAAGACCUCACAGGAGCUCACUGCCCUCGCCAUGCUGGGCCAAGAUUUCUGGACUUCCUCCAAGUAUGAUGGUCAUAGUCGUUCCUCCAGCCGGUCCAACCUCUCAGAGCACUCGUCAGUGAUGAACAAGUCGCACAGCGAGCCAAUCAGCAUCAACAAGGCUGCUGUCAUGGCCUACAGCCAAUCAGAUGCCAUCUUACAAAACAAUACCCCACCUAAACAUUCUGUGAUAGACUUUUCUUCAUACUUAAUACAGAAACCCUCCCCUGGCGAUGCUGAUCAGGGUUGUGCAGAAUCAUUGACUGCCUCGUGUGUGAAGAGUGUAACAAAACAGCAAGAAAGUGUUCAUUCCAAGUGUUCAGUUAGUGGAGUUACGCAGACAUUUCUCUCACAGACUGAGAGCCGGACCAGCAGCCAUAUGACUGUGAGUCAAGUGAAAACAGGCUGUGAGUCGUGUCAUGAGGAGCGACAGGAAGACCACGGUCACAGGCUUGUGCUGCAUGUUAAUGACAAGGAGAACAGGGUGGACAUUCGCCUGGCAAAACGAGAUUCACAAGUGUCAGUGCCAUACGCAAAACCUAACAAACAUCCAAGAGUUCCAUCUGUGCUAAGCCCAGAGUUGUUACAACCCUUGUGUAUUCCAGAAGAGUGCUACUGGGGGAGUAAUCUGUCAGACAAGAUGAGUGAUUAUGAGGAUAUCUGGAAAAACAACUAUGCGGAUCCUCGACUCAGCAGCGCACAGGCCAACAUUCUCCAACACCUACAGCCUCAGUUGGUUAGUCCUUCCAGCCCCUCUGCAAACUAUCAAUACAUUGGGGACUCCUUUACAGAGCAGUGGCACAGUGCAAAACAUGUUGUCAAAGACCUAAAUGUCAGCCUGGACAAGCUGGAUAUUGCUAAGGAAAGUGUGCAUAAUAAAGAGUGUGUUUCUUCUUCACAUAUUGUGAGCAAAACUAAGAGUGUAAUUGUUGCUGGAGAUAAAAGUGAUGCUGUAGAAACCUUGACUGAUUCUAAGGUAUCUUAUAACAGCAAGGAAAAUGCUAAAGAGUGCAGAUUGCCAAGUGUGAAUUUCGAUAUUAUUCCAGAGCAGGAAAGUGACCUUGACUCUGACCCUAGCAAUGGUUGCCAUAGUGAUGAUGAUCUUGGAGAUGAUGCUGACACAGAAGACAGUGACGAGGGUCCUGAGCCUCGAAUUAACUCUGUGCAGACCCAAACAAGCCCAAUGUGGAAACUUAAAUCUCCACCUUUUGGGAAAUCUAUAUCCACAAACUCGUUAUCAACAAUGAAAAGCCCUGUGUAUGCAGAGCCUUUCGAUGCCAUCAGCCCUGAUGAAAAGGCACAGGGUAAAGUUUGUGAUUCUCCGAAGAAGUUACGGCGGAGGUCAGCUCCAGCUGUCAGUGUUGCACGGAGAAGACAUCUGUCAACUGAGUGCCAUAAACUUAAACAUGUAGAAACUGAGGUAUCCACUAGACAUAGAAGUGAAGUAAAACCAAGCACUGCUGGUAACGGUAAAUCUGAUGAAGAGGAUGUGUUUGAAAUCUCAUUGGAAUUACUGAACAGUAAAAAGUCGAAUCCAAAGCUUUCCCAGGACAGUGGUGCUUGUGAUCUGAGGUGGGUGGAUAGUAAACUAUCUUCUCCUUCUCCAGAGGGAGAAACCACUAGUAAAAACAUGAAUAAACCAAUGCCUUUACCUAGGAAAACUAAAGUGUCUAAAAACUUGUUGCAUACAGCUGUGAACAACCGUAGAAAUAUGAAUGGAGCAGCUGUACGUAAAAUUGAACAAUGGAGGCUAGAAAACAAUGUUAGAAAUUCCAGCUUAAAUGCAGACUCCUUACAAUUUUUUGAAGAAUUCGAUGAAAAUCAUAACUCAUCUAGUCAGACUUUAAGUAAAUUCCCUGUACACAACAGACAUUUUUUGGAUGAUGGCAAGGUAAUAUACUCCGAGGGAUCCACGGCUGAAGAUAUUAUCACCUCAUGGAACCCUGAAUUGACUUUAAGACCAAUGCAGCCAUUUCCAAUAUAUGGCCCACAGUCAGAGUAUGACAAUCUUAACAGCACAGGGACACCAUAUAUCGCUCCCUCUGGCCAGUCAGUGAACAGUACAGGGACAAUAUUUCAUCCACCCUGGGAACAUGGCAUGGUUGCAAAAAUCAUGCACAUUUCAACUCAUGGGAGCCCUGCUCAUGAUCCUUUGACCUCCCCUGCCCCCAGCCAUGCCCCACCCCCUCUGCCUACCCUUGAUCCCCAUGAGCGCAUCAAGGCGUGGCAACAGUCUAGUCAGAAAUAUGCCCCCUGUUUUCCUGCAAGCGUGGCAGACAAUGAUGAAGCAGGUAUCACCAUGGUAAAAACCUCCACUGUGGACCAGUCAGCUGGCAACAAAGCCCAGACCUGCUCCUAUGAUGGGCAGGGACCCAACAAAGACCAGAAGAGAGGCAGUAACUCAGACAGGACCGUGGUGAAUGAGAAGACUGCCUCACAUUCAAGCACCAUCACGGAGAAGACCAGCGACAACAUGCCUGUGUAUGGCAGCGAAUUCCAGGAGAGAAUUGCACCUGUACUAGCCCACCCACGCCUGCUCCAUCAGAUGAACCGUAAUCGAGUGCCAGAUCGGGCAAUCCGGGAAUACAUCAUCCGGUUGUCAGAGGACCGGAACACGACAUUUGGAAGCACCAUUCACAACUUCAUACAGUGUACACUGGACAGUCAUGAUGCUGACCCACACAAUGCCACCAGGAAUGUACGUCAGUUUAUGACAGGGAUCAAGAAUUACCUGGUGAAGCACGGUGAGGGAGAGUUAGAAGACCUUAUAGAGCGGGAACGCUCACAGCUGGGUCGGGAUGAAAUCCUCAACAUUGACGCUAUCAUAGAGGGCGCUCUCCAUGUGUGUGUGAUUCAACCUCUCAAACACUUUAUAUACCAGCUAUAUGUCAACGAAUUAACCAGAAAUGGCAACCUUCAUUUGCUGUCUGCCAAUAUCAAAUAUGCAAGAACAAAGACAGCCGCAGAGAUUGGAAUUCGGCCAGGGCUGCAGCCCCCAGAUGGCGCCACCCUGGAGGUGAUUGGCGGGCAUUUGUCACGCAUGCAGAAGGCAUUCUCUCCCCUUGAGAAAUUGGAGCACCUGCUGGCUGCUACAGCAACCAUAUACAGAUGUAUUGCCAAAAACCAGAAAGAGAGCAAAAUUCCUGUAACUGUUGGUGCUGAUGACUUCCUACCAAUGUUGAUCUACGUGUUGGUCCAGUGUGGGCUGGUUUCCGUGGAGAUUGAGGCGAGCUACAUGCUGGAGCUGCUCCACCCAUCCCUGCUCGUCUCCGAGGGUGGCUACUAUCUCACCUCCCUCUCCGGCGCCAUAUAUGUCCUACAGAACUUUCAGCAGAUGCAUGAGGCUAGCAGCCCACAACAGGGAAAGGUACCUAGCAUCAGUGACAUGCAGGGAUUCCUGAAGAUUGCCAUCCCAGAUGAGCAGCAGGACACCAUCGUUUGGAGAACGCUGCCUGUACGACCCAACAUGACCACCAGGGAUGUCUGUGGACUGAUUGCCCAUAAGUACAAGUUCACCAAUCCCCAAGACUAUGGCCUCUACACACUGGAGAAUGGCGAAGAGCAUCGUCUGAUGGAGAUGGAGUGCCCAGCGAGUCUCAAAACUGACCGGCUGGCCAGACAGAAAGAUUGCAUUUUUGCAUACAAAAGAAACGCAGCCAACAUUGCCUGGCCAAAGUCUGUACAAUGAUAGAUUACACUGUUCUAUGGACAUCAUUGCUUGCCAUGUUUACAGUGAUGUAAUUUAUGUAUUGUAUCCAUCAAUAGUGCUUGACCUAAAGUUUACAGCGGUUGGUCACAGAGAUUUUCUAUGUUGGACAUUGCUUGACCUAAAGUUUACAGUGGUUGGUCACAGAAAUGUUCUAUGUUGGACAUUGCUUGGCCUAAACUUUGCAUUGCUUGGUCACAGAGAUAUAGGCCUAAAUAUGUGAUCCAACUCUUGUCAUAACUUUUCACAAUUUUGUUUAGUCUUUUGCUGAGCUCUGAUAUCAAUGAGGGAUAGUCUAGUGUUGCCUAAAUCUGUGCAGUGGUGAAGAUAUGUAAUGUAACCUGUCAUAGGGGAAACUGUGGGCAUGUCCAUGUCCUUUGCAGUAUCUUGAAAGAACUGGUUUCCAACAGUUCCUAUUACUGGUACCCAAGUGCAUUUAGAUUUCACAAGUUAUUUGGACAUGGUGAAUAAAAUGUUGCCAGUUUUUGCACAUAUUACAUUGAAUAUGAAGUUAUAUUUCUUUUCGAUGUGUGCAUGAUGUAUAAAUGCAUAUGAUUCAGGACUCCUGUCAUUUAGGAAUACUUUGAGAUUCUUUUACAGAUAUAAAACAUUAUUUUAAUCUUUUAAAUCUUUUUAAGAAAGAUAGUUUUGUUGUUAAGCUGUUGACCAAAGCAUUUUCAUCAUAAACAUGUGUUUACAAAACAGCAUUAUUGUGGAUAGCUUUAAUCUUUAACACACAGGCUGACACAAAUAAGUUUCAGAAUUCAAUGUCAUUUCUGUGUAAUUCUUUGUUGAUGUAGAUCUUCUUUUAAUAUGUUUUUAACAGUGGUAUUGAUACACUAUUUCAGAUUUUGAUUAUGAAACUGAUUUGAUUUGUUGCACGUUUUGUUAGAAAUAUAUAUUGAGGCAUAGAAAGUAUGAAAAAUGAAUCCAAGAAUACAGAAUUAAGUUAAAUUCCCCUUGUAUAUGACAGUUCAGUAUGUAUGGUGCUAUAUUGAUGUUGAAUGAUGUUGCUUUAUUAAUUUGUGUUAUAUUGUCUUUAUAAGACAGUGUUGUUUACAUAUGUUGGUAAAGUAUUCAUUUGUUAUUAAGUGUGAUAAUUGUGAUACUGUUGUUGGCAUGGUUAUGUUGAUGGAAGAACCAUUUUAUGUGUAUAUUUUUUAACUACAGUAACAUGUGCAAUGAUUUCAGUUUUAUGUAUUAUAAUAAUGCUUUACUGAGUAGUUUUGUGCCAUAUGAAAAAUAAUAGUGUUGUUUUUGUAGUUUUCAACAGAUCAAAGACAGAUCAGACAGCUAAAUAAUCACUGUAACAUCAAACAUACAUUUACAGGAGUACAUCUAUAGUUUUAAAGUUGCAAAUAUGGCACUUGUAAUUUACUGCAAGGCAUACAGGAAUGUGUUCUUUAGACUAACAAAAACAUUCAUUGAGUCUUAUUUUUUAAACUAAUACUGUUCACUCUGAAGUUAAACUGUAUUUUAAGAAAUACAGAAUUUAUCUGGUGUAAGUGUAGAUUUAUUGAAAUCUUUAAUGAAUAAUUUAUGUAAUAGUUAGCUGACAUGAAGUAAAAUCUUAAUGAUUAAGAAUGGAUAGAGUGAGCAUAGCAAGCGAGCCUUUUUUAAUCAAUGAAAUGCUACUUAAGGUCAUCUAACUGAUUUAGAAUACAAUUCAUUGGCUGACAAAUUGUCAACGCAAAAUCUGACACAGGGAGUGUGUAUUGGAUGAGUGGCAGUAGACAGAUCUAUAAACACCAGCGAAAGUUGAAUUUUUAAGGUUUAAGUCUAGGAUUGCCUUUCUGCAAUUCUAUUGAUUGAGAAUGCAGGUUGUAUUCUUAAGGCAAAUAAACUUACUGGUACCAGACGGAAACUAUAUGAAGUGUGCUUGUAGUAUUGUUUUUCCCACUUUGGCAUGUAUCAGUAGCCUUGCAAUUUAAAAAAGAUAUACAGUGUUAUCAUAUGUUGUUGAAUAUAUUGUUAAUUUUAAGAUUAUUAUCUGAAUUAAAAUAUGAUAGCGCUUUUAAAAAUAUGCUUUAUCUCCAUAAACUGUUACUGUAUAGCAUUACUCUGUUACAGCAUAUGUCUAACUCAUUAAUUCGAAAUACAUUUUAAAACGAGA